GUGAAACACGAAGAAACACGGUGGCGCGUAGAAAUCACCUAGAAACUACGAAGAAGACGUGAACCCCACGUCUCUCUUUCUUCUUCUUCUUUCUCUAUCUCUUCCCAUUACAAAACUCAAGAAGAUGUUAAAGUACGAAACAUGUCAUACUUCAAAAGAAACGAAGGAACAAUUGUGUUUGCGUUUGCGAGCAUCGGGUUCAUAGCGUUUUAUAUCAUUAAUUACUACAUUCGGCGAUGCAGAAACCGUGCCGCAGCAGCCGGGGACAUUGAGGAAGCUCGAAUGAGUCCGAGGAGGCCACCGCGAGGACUUGACGCUGAAGCCAUCAAGUCGUUUCCUUCAUUCGUUUACACGGAAGCUAGAGGAAUUGAGCCAGGAAUAGGCGAGCUAGAAUGUGUUGUGUGUUUGAAUGAAUUCAAAGACGAUGAAACGCUGCGUUUGGUACCACCUUGUGUACAUGUGUUUCAUGCUGACUGUGUAGACAUCUGGCUUUCUCAUAGCUCCACAUGUCCUAUCUGUCGUGCUAAAGUAGUUCCUUAAUACGAGUCUCUUAAUUAGCCUUUUACUAUGCAUUUUGCGUUACAUAGUUCUCCCUUUGUAAAUAAAUUAUCUUUAUAGUGUUGAUAUUUUACCAACCGUAAUGAUGAUACUACUCCAUGGAAGGAAAUAAUCUACAAAGGAAUUGAGGCAUAUUGAAUUAUUCAAUGUCAUGAUGAUGAUGAUGAAUUAGAC